AGCAAACAACGGUAUCUUCAAGUAUCGUGCAUGCAUUUUGUUGUGCUCUCUGUUUUUGUUUUUUUGGUUUGCAUGCACACACGCUUCUCUCUCUAAAAAAAAUCAUCUCUUUCUCACUCUAUACAUACAUAGUACUAUAAUGCAAUCUGAAAAAGGAACCGCUGUAUAUGUAAUUUGGUCAUCGAAACUACCACCUAUCACCGCUGCCGACCACCGCCGUUUUCUUGAACUCUGAUUUGACCAUUUUCUUGUGUGCAUAUUCACUUCAAGAUUUCCAUAAUUUCAUGCCCAUGCCACGCAGCCUACUCUAUUUUCUGGGUGCACCAGUAGAUUAGGCAAGGGUUUUAGGGAUUUUUGGAUUUGGAAAUCUUAAAUAUGGGGUCAAUGAUAUGCAUGAAUGAGGUUUGUCGUAAGACGACGUCGUCUGAAUGGAGGAAAGGUUGGAGCUUGAAAUCCGGUGGAUUUGCAAACCUUUGUUACAACUGCGGAUCUGCUUUUGAGAACUUAACCUUCUGUGAAACUUUCCACAUGGGGGAUUCUGGUUGGAGAGAGUGCAAAAAGUGUGGGAAGCAUCUACACUGUGGGUGCAUUGCUUCAAAAUAUUUGUUUGAGUACUUAGAUUUUGGAGGUGUAGGGUGUAUAAGCUGCACAAGGCGUUUUGAUGGUCAUUCCAUGAGACCAAUGCAGGUACCUGCUGAUGAUUUUCGUAAUAACACCUUCGGAACUAAUUUUAUACAGCCACUUCAUGUGGAAAAGGGAGUAGAUGAAACCAACUUCGAGGAAGGAAGGCUUCCAACAGUGAACAAUAUAACGGAGAUUAGUGAGCCUGGUCAACCCUUUCAAAGUCAAAAGGAUGAGAAUAAUGUGUCUCUUGGGAAAACUAAGCAAGAGAAGCUGCUACCUGUUGGUGAUGUUAGCACAUGCUUUUCAAAUCUCAACCAGCAGUCUAUAGCUUCUCUAUUUCGUGAACAAGACAAUAGCAAACCAAACCAAGGGGUAAAAGAAAUGUAUGACACGACCAAUCAGCCAUCGCUAGAUUUCUCUUUGAGUACUCCUGUGGGUUGUUCAAGUCCAGGAUUAUCUUUUCCUGGUGGAGGGGUUGAAGGAAGGGAACAUGAAAAGACUCCUCCCUUUCAACAGGGGCUAAGGAUGCGCCACAUAUUGCUCAAGCCCCCCAAACCUAGUCCCAGUUUUGGUUCUGAUUCGAACAAAGAACUGCCUUCACAGACUCGGAUUGCAAGGCCUCCUGCAGAAGGGCGAGGAGGCCGCAAUCAAUUACUGCCUAGGUACUGGCCUAGGAUUACAGACCAAGAGUUGCGUCAAUUAUCCGGAGACUUGAAGUCCACCAUAGUUCCACUGUUCGAGAAGGUCCUAAGUGCUAGUGAUGCUGGUCGAAUUGGUCGUCUGGUUCUCCCCAAAGCAUGCGCUGAAGCAUACUUUCCUCCUAUCAACCAAUCAGACGGUCUGCCAAUAAGGAUUCAGGAUAUAAAAGGUAAAGAGUGGACAUUUCAGUUCAGAUUUUGGCCAAAUAACAACAGUCGGAUGUAUGUUCUGGAGGGUGUCACCCCUUGCAUACAAAACAUGCAAUUGCAAGCUGGUGAUACUGUGGCAUUCAGUCGAAUUGAUCCUGGAGGAAAGCUUGUUAUGGGCUUUCGGAAGGCAACAAACAGUGUUGAGACACAGGAUCCUCAGUCCUCAUACCUCCCCGAUGGUAGUGGCUCCGCAGAUACUUCAUUUACUGGCUUAACUGAAAACCUUAAUGUGAGUAGCUAGUUUAGCCUUUUAGGUAUU